GGACGGGGGGGGGGCGGAGAAUGUUUGUGUGUGCGCGCGCGCGCCAGCCUUCCGGAAUCGCGCAACGCAGCUUCCGCUGAUGCUGGCGCUGCCUAGGCUUGGUGUCGUUCUUCCUGCCGCCGCUUCCCUCGGUCUGCGCGCGCGGCUGAGCUGCGGCCGCGUCGCCAUGGCGAAGAGCAAGUUCGAAUACGUGCGGGGUUUCGAAGACGAGGCCACGUGCUUGCCCAACUGCUGGGUCGUGGUCCGGUUGGACGGCCGCGGCUUCCACCGCUUUGCCGAGCAACAUGGUUUUAAGAAGCCUAAUGAUGAUCGUGCUCUUAACUUGAUGAACAAGUCUGCACAGACAGUAAUGCAAGAAUUAGAGGAUAUUGUCAUUGCCUAUGGACAAAGUGAUGAAUAUAGCUUUGUUUUCAAAAAGAAAAGCAACUGGUUUAAGAGAAGAGCAAGUAAGUUCAUGACUCAUGUGGCCUCCCAGUUUGCCUCCAGCUACGUUUUCUAUUGGAAAGAUUACUUUAAGGACCAGCCUCUUUUGUAUCCACCAGGAUUUGAUGGGCGUGUUGUCUUAUAUCCUAGUGACCAGAAUUUAAAGGACUAUCUUAGUUGGCGACAAGCUGAUUGCCACAUAAAUAAUCUCUACAAUACAGUAUUUUGGACUCUUGUGCAGAGAGGUGGAUUGACACCUGUACAAGCCCAAAAGCGACUACAGGGAACAGUUGCCAGUGACAAGAAUGAGAUUUUAUUUUCUCAGUUCAACAUUAACUACAAUAAUGAAUCAUUGUUGUAUAGAAAAGGAACUGUUCUACUGUGGCAAAAGGUAAAUCAAGCCAUUAAAAAGAAAAUUAAAAUUCCAGAGGAAACAGAAGAGAAGGAAGUUGAAGUGACCCGGCCAAGGACUACAGUAGUUGCUUUGCACUGUGAUAUCAUUGGGGAUCAGUUUUGGGACCAGUAUCCUGAAAUCCUAGCUGAUGAUAGCUGACAUUUGCCAUCUGGAUGUUGGUGUGAAAUACUCCAUACAGUUUACUCCUGCAAGGACCAUGGGAGACGGAUAGGUGACUGGCCCAGGAUGGAUAUUUCAGUAAACUUGUGUGGUGCACUUAAGAAGCCAUGUAGUGCUUGUAUUCAUUUUUAUAGUUUCAUAGAUGUGUAUGUUUUCCCAUCAAAAUUUUGAGGUGCCUUACAAUAAUAUCAUUGUCAGGUUGAUAAACUUUUUACUUGAAAAGGAAUGCCUUUAAUUUAGGCUAUGGCCCUCAAAGGCACUCUACUGGUACAAGUCCCAUGAGAUUUUGAGCUGCCCAUUUAAAACUGAUAACAUUUAAACUCCUGCUUCAAAUUAAGUUCUAUCAUCAGGGAGCCAAGUUACAAAUUAUCCUAGUUGCUAAUGUCUCUGGAUUAUAUGAGUGAUAAACAAAAUACCCUAGCAAAUGGCUGAAACUAAUUAGGAAGUCUUCCCUCAAGUGUAAAUUAGUUAUGGCUUUUUUGAAAGCUAUGGAAACAUAAUUUCCCUCCGUAAUCAUACAUUUAUUGUUUGGACUCUCUCCUUGCUGCUUUACUGAUUAUUAGAGAAGGUCUCGGGUGACCAAACUGGAAUAAUAAACUUAUUGAAUAAGGGGGGGCAUCACAACAGGAUAUGUUUGUAGGUCAUGCUCUCAAUUUUCUGCUGCCUGGGAAACUAUCCAGUUCCUGCUGUUGAGGAUUGUGGCAAUCAACUUACUGGAAGUUCGUUACUCUUCAAAAAAAAGUUUGUGUUGCGCAUCUGCAAUCUUUGUUCCGGACCUGUGAAGUAAUAAGACCUGUUCCGAGGUGGGUGGGGGGGAGUUGGAGUGUAUGUGAUACUUUCUCUGACUAUGCAGAGACUGGAAUGAUACAUGCUGGGAGAUAAUGACAAAAGGGUUUUAUGUGGAAUAUUUUGUUAAUGUCAUUCCAUUCCUCAUUCUCUGCCUUUCCUGCAUUAUCUUUUAAAGAAGACCAGGUCCCUUAAAGCCUCUUUGAAAAAGAGAUAACAAUAAUCAACCAAUUUAUCUAAAAUGGUGGACAUCUUCAUUGCUAUAGUUAGGUUAAUCAUUAAGAAAAACAACCUUCCAAGCAAUAUGUGUUUAAAUUAUUGCUGUAAUGUUAAUGAAAUUUUGCAUUGAUUUAU